UUUCUACAUUAAAUGUAACAUAUAUAUCUUUUCAUGUCUAGUGGGUUUACUACUAUGAUAGCCAUGAUUCCGUCCUCUCUUCAUCUUCUCGCAAGACCAACCCUUCAAGGAUUCAAGAUUGCUUUGAUUAACUCUGCAAUGAUAUUCUUUCUAUUUUCCUUUCAAGUCCAUGAGAAAAGCAUUCUUUUAGCUAUCCUCCCAGUCAGUCUUCUAAUUCAUGAACAUCCACUAGUCACUACCUGGUUUCUUACAGUGUCUACUUUCAGGUAGAACAGCUGCCUUUUUCAUUUUACUCAAAUAAAUAUAA